UCUUGAAUAAUGUAUUUUUUUAUUUUAAUAAAUUGUAUCUCUUAUUUAUCAGCAAAAAAAAUGUAAUUGUAACAUGGUUGGAAUCCCAAAUAUUACUGGCUAUCUGAUGCUGUCAUGAAGAGCAAUGUUGGCCACUCUGCUUUGAAAAUGGUCAUGUCUCUUUAAAUAUUCUUGCAGUAAUUCCUUGAACAUGCAUAUGGCCAUAAAAAAGAGAUAAGGCUUGAAGUCAUCCACACAAACAUGGGCAGAAAAAAAAAACUUCCCUGGGAUUUUGAAUUAUACAGCAGCAGCUUCCUGUAUUUUACACCUGCAGAGAGGGAAGGAUGCUCUGCUGAGUGCAGAAGACAGAGCUUGGCUGGAAGAGCAACAACAAGUUCCCUGCAUCUCUGCUUUUAUUUUCCUUUUUCACUUCUUUUUCCCUCCAUUGGUCUUAUAUCUAUUGUUUCUACUAACUAAGAAUGCUGUUGCACAUCCUGUGUAUGGUGUGGGCUUCAUCUGUCAUUUUUCUACAAGGCAGGUCUGUGGUCUGUAAGGAGAUGAAGCUCCCCAGCAGGGCAGCCAAGCCCCCCUCUCCAUCUGACUUUCUGGAUAAGCUGAUGGGACGCACAUCUGGUUAUGACGCUCGCAUCAGACCAAACUUCAAAGGUCCUCCCGUCAAUGUCACCUGUAACAUCUUCAUCAACAGCUUCGGAUCCAUCACUGAAACGACUAUGGACUACCGGCUCAAUGUAUUUCUGCGACAGCAGUGGAACGACCCUCGAUUGGCAUAUAAGGAGUAUCCAGAUGACUCUCUGGACCUGGACCCUUCAAUGUUGGACUCCAUUUGGAAACCUGACCUGUUCUUUGCAAAUGAAAAGGGAGCAAACUUUCACGAGGUUACAACAGACAACAAGCUGCUUCGGAUAUUCCAGAAUGGAAAUGUCCUCUACAGCAUCAGGCUGACACUUACCCUUUCCUGUCCCAUGGAUCUGAAAAACUUUCCCAUGGACAGCCAGACAUGCACGAUGCAGCUUGAAAGCUUUGGCUACACCAUGAAUGAUCUUAUUUUUGAAUGGCUGGAUGUGGGAGCGGUGCAGGUGGCUGAUGAUCUGACGCUCCCUCAGUUUGUGCUGAAAGAGGAGAAAGGCCUCGGUUACUGCACCAAGAACUACAACACAGGUAAAUUCACCUGCAUUGAGGUCAAAUUCUACCUGGAGCGUCAAAUGGGCUACUACCUGAUCCAGAUGUACAUACCGAGCCUGCUCACUGUCAUCCUGUCCUGGGUGUCGUUCUGGAUCAACAUGGAUGCGGCUCCAGCCAGAGUGGGACUGGGAAUCACUACAGUGCUCACCAUGACGACGCAGAGCUCUGGCUCCAGGGCCUCCCUGCCAAAGGUGUCCUAUGUGAAAGCCAUAGACAUCUGGAUGGCGGUGUGUCUUCUUUUCGUGUUUGCUGCACUGCUGGAGUAUGCGGCCGUUAAUUUUGUUUCACGCCAGCACAAGGAGUUCUUCAGACUGAGGAAGAAGCUCAAAGAGCAACAGCGGCAAAGAACUCAGGCAAGUGGUGACAGUAAGGUGAAAGGAAAUAACAUGUCAGGCAACAAUGCUCCUCAUGGGAACGUAGCCCAGCAGUGCAAUGUCUGUGCCAGGGAGGAGGAGCUGGCACAGCAGGGAUUACUCUUCCAGAGUUUUGGACUUGCACUGUCAACAGGAAGUGCUCCGGAAAUGGAUGCAACACCAGUAUUUGCUGAUUUACCUCCUGGCUUAGGUUUCUAUGACAUACGCAGGCGCUUUGUGGAUCGCGCAAAAAGGAUCGAUACUAUCUCCCGAGCUCUUUUCCCCAUGAGUUUCCUCAUGUUUAAUGUCCUCUACUGGCUUACCUACAAAGUUCUACGACAUGAAGACCUUCUAGCUACACUGUGACAACACAACGACUGAGGAUCAUAAAGACACUGGAUACCUUUAAUUUAGCUCCCUUCACUGAAACAUUUACAGGCUGAGUUCUCAGCCGAGCCAUGCAAGAUGCGUUGUGACUGCAUAUCCAGUGCCACUGGGAAAUUCCAUGACAUGGAAGAGUCCAUCGGUUUCUUUUAAUUUUUAAUAAUUCCAAAGAAAUGCACUUUUUUUGGCACUAAUUCUUUAUGCAUUACACGUCAGUGUACAGUAUGUGUGUACAGUUGGCAUCUUAAGUAUUUAUUAUUAAGUAUUAGACACUUUUUUGGAAACAUUUCUGUAUGUGCACUUACUGUAGCUUCACAUAUAUUUGGACUGCAGCACACCCUUACCAGGCCUACAUUUUUUAUUGUGCACUAAUUUUACUGGUGUCAUGGUCAACAGUGUCCAGAGCUACAGGUUUCAUAUCACAGAGACAAAACAUUUAUCACCACAAGCAGGAAUGGCACUUUGAAACAGUGUUUCUCACCUUAACUAUGCUUUCCAGACCAGGGAAAUACAUGAAUCAAAACAUUUAGUUUCUGCAGAAAUCUAGGAUUAAAUGCUAUUUUUUAUGACAUGAUUAUUUAUCAGUUCAAUUAUCCUGAGGCCUGCACACUGAGAAUAAAUUGUCUCUGUGUAUUGUUUCUUAAGAAACAAACAUCCCUGAAACUCUUUGUUGGUCAAUAUAAAAUAAAGAAAUGCUUAAGAAAUACUGAAUCAAAGUGUAAACUUUCGUAUGUAUGAUGACAGUUUUUAAAAGAUGUGUUCAUUUUGAUGAUAUGUAAUAUGAGAAAAUGUAUUUUUCCUCUGCAAAUGUAACAGCAUGCCAGGAAUUAAACCAAAUGAUUACACUUGAUUUGCACACUUUAUUAUCAUGAUAUUUAAAUGUUCAAACUAUGACUUGCCAGAAGCAUCGAACCAGCACUGAACCAGUUUUCACUAGAUUUGUCUUCCCUCUAAUACUUUCCUCAGUCAAGGUUAUUCUCAAUAGUCACUCUAAAAGUGCAAAUGUGCAAAAUGCAAAUAACUGUCUUUUGAACUGUCCCCAUGACUUGCACAGUACCUCACACUGUAUGGGUUUUUAACAUAUUGCUAGAUUAGCAUUUCUCUGUGCACAUGCCUGGAGACUAGGUCCAUCUCUGGAAACCUAGUCUGAUUUUAAAAUUAAAUCUUGUCAUAAAAUGAAGCUGUCAUAUUAAUAUUUAAUUUAAAAAGGUAUCUGCCAUGUACAUACAGUAGGAGGAGAAUGGCUGCAUAUAUCAGCACUGUGAGUCUGCGUGAAACAGUAAUGGGCUCUUUUUCUAAAUAACAGUAAAGGAAUGAUGAGAGGUUUCUUGAUACUGAACUGUUGAAGAGUUUGCAGACAUCGAGGCACAAAUACAAAAAUAACGUUUGAUAACAAAAUACCUGUUUUUUUUUUUACAAAGGACUGUGAGAUUUCUAUAGUUGUUGAAGGGAAUACAUACAUCAUUACAAAGAAAUUGUCUCACAUAAUAUCACA